GUCCUUACUCCUGAACUGCGUGGUUCUGUGUGUCGGUGAAGCAAUGCAGAGUCACGUUAGCUUUAAAUAAAAACAACUAGAGCGGGAUGCAGCUAACAUAACCUUUCCACGACUGCACGACGACUGAUAUGAAGAACUAAUAAUAAUAAUAAUAAUAAUAAUAAUAAUACACGGAAGCGACAAUGCUGCAAAGCGGCACCGACGACGACGAGGAAUGGAACAACGAUUUAUAAUUAUCACGGUGACAGAUUAAUAAUAAUAAUAAUAAUAAUAAUAAUACACAUUCAUCUACCUCGUCCGCUACCUGCCUUGCCCGUGCCAGCCAGGUUAUGUUAUCAAUCAGAUAAUCUAGUUUCUAGUUUGAGCUGCAGCACUGUACGGUGCUGGCAGUAUGUAGGUUAUCAGUGUUAUUAUGAUUAUUAUGAUUAUUCUUCGCAUUGUAGUACACGAGUCUCUCUCUCUCUCUCUAUAUGAACGGCGUGCUCAGGUGACCUUCUGUCCGCUGGCUCUGCGGUAAAGCGCAUUGAAAGCAGGUUGUUUUGCCGCUGCGACGUUAUUCCUCCGGGCAGCGCGCUGAAUAAGCAUGACUAUCCCGAAGGACAUCCCGGAGAAGUGGCUGCCGAUAGUGCUGCCCUUAAAAAGGAAGAAAGAGAAGGAGCAAGCCAGCUCGGCACAAAGCGGCAGCGAUGUUAACAGCCACAGCGGGGUUACAGAGGAGGAGAGGAGGGUGAGGGCGAACGAUCGGGAAUACAAUGAGAAGUUCCAGUACGCGAAUAACUGCAUCAAGACUUGCAAGUACAAUAUCGUCACGUUCCUUCCUGUCAACCUGUUUGAACAGUUCCAAGAAGUGGCCAACACCUACUUUCUGUUCCUACUCAUACUGCAGCUCAUCCCUCAGAUCUCCUCUCUCUCCUGGUUCACCACCAUCGUGCCUUUAGUCCUGGUGCUGACCAUCACUGCGGUCAAGGACGCCACAGACGACUACUUUCGCCACAAGAGCGACAAGCAGGUGAAUAACCGUCAGUCUCAGGUGCUAAUUAACGGGAUUCUUCAGAAUGAAAAAUGGAUGUAUGUCCGAGUUGGCGACAUCAUCAAACUGGAAAAUAACCAGUUUGUGGCAGCAGAUCUUCUUUUGCUGUCCAGCAGCGAACCUCAUGGACUGUGUUACAUUGAAACUGCAGAACUUGAUGGAGAGACGAACAUGAAAGUGCGGCAGUCCUUACCUGUCACCUCUGAACUGGGAGACACCAGCAAACUGGCCAACUUCGAUGGGGAGGUGAUCUGCGAGUCCCCCAAUAACAAGCUGGAUAAGUUCUGCGGCACUCUGUACUGGAAACAGAGCAAAUACCCUCUGAGCAACCAGAACAUGCUGCUGAGGGGCUGCGUGCUGAGGAACACAGAGUGGUGCUUCGGGCUGGUCAUCUUCGCAGGGCCCGACAGCAAGCUGAUGCAGAACAGCGGCCGCACCAAGUUCAAGAGGACCAGUAUCGACCGGCUCAUGAACACCCUGGUGCUCUGGAUCUUUGGGUUCCUGGUGUGCAUGGGGAUCAUCCUGUCCAUCGGGAACACGAUCUGGGAGAGGCAGGUGGGCUCCCUCUUCCAGCUCUACCUGCGCUGGGACCAGGCUGUGGACAACGUGAUCUUCUCAGGCUUCCUGUCCUUCUGGUCCUACAUCAUCAUCCUCAACACUGUGGUGCCCAUCUCUCUCUACGUCAGGUGAGUCUCUCCCCCUCUCCCCUCCCCUCUCUCUCAAACAUCAUCAUCAUCACCCUCAACACUGUGGUGCCCAUCUCUCUCUACGUCAGGUGAGUGUGUCUCCCCUUCUCCUCUCCCUCUAUCUCUCCACUCCCCUCUCACCCCAUCCUCUCUCACUCCUUUUAGCCCCACUGAAAAACAAACACAAAGUGAAAAACAGAAGUCCUUCUGACAGAGCUACUGUGUGUUUAGGUCUGCGACUCUGCAGCUAGUUACUGCAGCAGCGACGGUGCUCCGAUGUGUUGAACUCCUUUUUAUUUUUGCGGUUUCACGGUUGCUGUAUUUUUUAGGUUUUUUGUUUUUUCUGUAAUAUUCCUCUCUGUUUAUGUUGUGAUCUCGGAUGCUGAUCCGAUUUUUGCAUGUUUUAUUUUCCUUCUUUUUUUUUUAUUUUCCUUUUUUCUU